ACCACCGUACACACUUUAGUAACCAGGAAGUGGAGCGUCUUUAACAGCGCGGUUACCCUGAUUUUGUAGCAAAAAAAACCCCAAAACACUUCUUAAAAUUAUUACGCAACAUUUAGCCCAUCUGUUCAACCUCAGGAAGGUUAUCGGUAAUCUCUCUGCCAUAUCGGCGGGUAUUUUCUAUCGGCAUGAAUAUUGGAGACGGCCUAUUGUUUGAACUGGACAAUGGAAAACCCAGACUGAUUCUACUGAGUCAUGGCAUCAACAAGAAUCCAGCAAAACAGCUGUCAGUCAAACCCAGAGCCAAUCACAUCCUGAGCUCAAAGCAGAUCUCAGUGGAUGAUGUCCAGGUCCAGCAGGUGGGAGGGGCAGGGGAGGCAAGGAGUAGAGGAGGAGGGGGAGGAGGAGGAGCCUCCAGCAGAGGGAGGUGCAACACUCUGAUAUCAUCCAAAAUACAGGAGCCACACACAGCAGGGGGUGGAGCCAAAACUGCAGCCAAGGUGAAGCAAAACAGACUCAACACCCCUGUCAGCCUGAGAACAAACAGGAAACUGGGACAAUCUCACAACAGUCAGGCCAAUCAAAAGGGGGGACCACAGGACAAGCCAGCCAAUCACGGUGCAGGGCUACAGGACAGCAUGGUGUGUCUGACCCAGGAACAGCUGCAGCAGAUCCUCAACAGCGUCCACACGUCCAACGAUAGCGGACAAACACGUCAGGUCCAAGACUCCCCAGAAAACAAAACCGACUCUAAACUGGACUCUUCAGUCAAUGAGACAAAGACAGGAGGUGCAGAGACUGGACGUUCACAGGAUAAAGACAAGAGGCCGUCUGGAGGCCUGUUCAGCUGGUUGGACGAGCGUCCCUCAGACAGCAGAGCCCUCAUGGACGCGAAGAAAGCUCAAUGGAAGAGAGAACUUGAUGAGCAAGUUGCUCUGAAGCAGAACCAGCGUUCAGCCCCUGGAAGACUUCAGGCUGAGGAGGACACAGAGCCUUGGGCAUCGAUGCACAGCUCCAUCAGUUACAGAGAACUUCCAGCAGCCAUCAGAUCCAGCCUCAGACUGGGGGAGGUUACUCCAGUGGAGGAUGAGCUGAAUGUGGAGAAGAGAGAGGAGCAAAGGAGACGCUGGCUGGAGGAGUUGGACCGACAGAGGGAGGAGAGGACGGCACGCCACAGACACCAGAAACUACUGCAGAACCAGACAGAGGACCAUGAGUUAUGGGUGACUCACUUCAAUUCCCUGCAGAGGAAGCCUGUUCCCCCAACAGCUCCCUCUGUGGCCCCCAGUGAACGAGGGGAGAACCGGGACUGGGAGCCCUCCUCCAGUCUGUCUCUGGUCUGGGAGGAGGCAUCCGGCAGCUGUGGAGCUGAGAGUGUGGAGCUGAGAGGUGGAGCCCAGACCAGAACGAGCUACCUGAGGACAAUGACCUCCCUGCUGGAUCCAGCUCAGAUUGAGGAAAGAGAAAGGAGGCGUCUGAAACAAAAGGAGCAACAGCGAGCGAUUGAGGCCCAGGUGGAGGAGCGGCGGCAGCAGAGGGAACAGGAGGAGGCAAGGAGGAGGCAGGAGGAGGAGGAGGAGGAGUGGAGGGUGGUACAGGAGAGGGAGACGCUGCGGAGACAGUAUGAGCUGGACACACUGAGGGAGAGGCAGAGGAUGAAUUUGGAUGUCCAGGAGGAGCAGAGUCAUCAGGCAGCACAGCCAAUCACAGGCAGCAACCACAAAACACAGAUUGACCAACAGGAGCAGAGUUGGAAGGUGGAUAUUGUCAGUUCUGUGUGUCCAUACAAAGACACUGCUGUCCAAACAGAAGCAGCUCCGUCUGUGCUCAAAGAUGACGCCGUUCAGACUCCUGAUGUCUAUGCAGAACACCGGUCACCUCCUCCUCCACCUGGUCCUCCUCCUCCUCCACAUGGCAGGAGUAGAGUGGGUAAAGAAAACAUAUGUGUGCCAGGAGGAGGAGACCCUUAUGAGGCGUUCGCCAGGACAGACAGAAGCACGAGAGACAAGAGGAGACCAGAGUGGAAUACACAGAGGCCAAGCCGCCGGUUCGUUCCUGCAUCACAGCGUUAUCCAAUUCAUCUGCAGAGGAAUCGACAGGAGAGUCGACUGAGGAGGCAGGCAGAGCUCCUGGCCCUGCAGGAGAGGACAUGUGUACCCAGAACUGAGCUCCCACCUCCUCAGCACCAGGAGCAGAACCACCUCCUGUGUGACUCCCAACAAACCAGAACCAGUCCCACCACCAAGGUGGACGGUGGGGGGGGACGGUUAGCCGACAGGGGGUGCUCCCCUCAUGUCCCUGCAGUCAGACAUCAAGUCCAGAGUCCAGAGAACUGUAGUCCUCCCACAGACCUGAUCCCAUAUUUACGGACCAAUGAGGACCCCCUGGAACCUGCUGACACCCCCCCUCCACAAACACACACAGCUCCUCUUCCUCAGACUUCUGCAUCUCCUGCUGUUUCCUCCUCCUUCCAUCAUGACUCCAGUCUCCAUCAGCAGCUGCUUCACAACACACACAGACAACAGGAGAUCCUGAGAGGCCUGGCCCAGCUGAGACAGGGUUUACUCCAGAAGCAGAGGGAGCUGGGGACAGACCUGAACCCUCUACUGAAGUACCUCCACAGCGACAGCCAAUCAGCUUCCACCGCACACCAUAUGUGACCUCUGACCUCAUCAACCCAGUGGUAAACCUGAAACCACGUCUGCUCUGGUUCUGA